AUGUCCGAGCCAGAGCCUAACCAUAACAAUCAGACACACGCCCUCGCGCUUCCAGACCUCUCUGGGGCAGUUCCUACAUCCGUGGAGGCAAGGGCGAAACGGCGCAUCGCUGCGUUGGAAGAGGAACUUCAAACGAUGCAGCAAGAAAGAGGAUCCAAACAGAGAAAGACAAGUUACUAUGUGUCUCAAGGCAGGGCGAUCCGCCGCAUGGUUGUUCUAUAUAAUAGCUUGGAAAACCUGAUUGCGGAAAAUGAUCGCAGGUCCGAGGGCUCGGAGCGCCCGGUAAACCGUGGCACCACCACCACAGAACAAAAUCGUUUGCAACGCGGUUACAUUAUACUCGCGCAGGUUGUGCCUUGGCUACACCAAAAGCUUUCUGAACUUGACGUUGAUGACUCCGAAGAAAUGUUGAAAAAGCUCAAAAGGGGAGCCGACGCAGCCCGCGGUGAUGACACGUCCACUCUCAAGGACCUCGUCGCUGCAUGGAUUAAUCAAGAUUUCCGCCCAUCCUGUUUACUCAAGGCCGAUGACAAGCACUCACGCGGCUUCAUGCAUGACACUUGUGGGAAGUUGCUAUGUCCUGCCGAGUGGGACUGGAGUGAUGCCCGCGUGAAAGCCGGUAUUCGCGACCGAACAACUGAGUAUAUCGUAUCGGAAAAUUCCUGGCCGCUCUUCCUGUACGAGAACUACUCAGCCGACAGUAGCAACCUCGAAGAAGGUCUAUUCAAGUCUAAGAUUUUGGUGAAGGCUUUCAAAGCCAUAUUUACCUCUCCGUCUUCUGCCAGAGAAGCCGACGGCGAUGGGGACGGAGCCGACAUCCUUGAGAAUAACAGGCGCGCUAGGCGCGCAUUACACCAGGCCAAGGUCAAAACCUGUGUCCGUUUUGCGCUAUCCAGUGUCACAUCUUGGCGCACCGUGGAUGGUGAUUUUGACUACGAAAUAUUCUGGAACAAUAUCGUAGAUUUUUUUGAGGACGUCCCUGGCCCUGUCGCAAAACGUAGGGUGGCCCAACUUCUCGAGUGGUGGACGAGGAAGAUUUUUGGAAGAAAUCAUCGUGAAGACCUCACGCCAGAGGUCGUGUCCAAGAUGUCUGUCACCGCACUAGCCGACCAGAGAAAGGCGAUGGAGGAUGCCGCCUUUGACUCGGACUAA